CAGGCUGGAGGUACCUGUGGUCGAAUCCUGAACCCAUCAUCAACACCAUCUUAACCACCACACUCCUUUCUCACUCUUCUCCUGCCCGCCGCAUACGCUCGCUCACCCCGCGCACCCUCGACAAUGUUGGACAAAAUCGUCGGCCUAGCCAUGCUCGUGGCCGCCUCUGUCGUCUUCCUCUACUACACCAUCUGGACCCUGCUUAUGCCCUUUGUCGAUGGCGACCACCCGCUGCAGAACUUCUUCCCUCCCCGUGUUUGGGCUAUCCGAAUCCCCGUUAUCCUCAUCCUCCUGGGCUCCGCCGUUGUGGGCUCUUUCCUGGCCAUGGUCAUGAUCCGAAGCAACAGGAAGAAGGCCGCCAAGGCCAAGGCCGCGGCCAAGAAGAAGAACUAAACAACGAUGGAUGUCGGUGGAUAUACCAUGUAAUUAUCAAUCGUGGCGGCCCUGGAUGCUCGUACCAGGAAGAACCGCCAAUUAAUCAAGCCUCGGACUCGCUCAACUGGUGGACUGAGACGCCACGUCCGGCGCGUCGUCGCUCGGCACAUCCAAAGCGCUGGCUACGAAGAAAUGGGU